AUGGGUGCAUGUGCAAGCACUAGUAAUGCAAAUAACAAUAUUGUUACUAUCACUUCAAAGACAGUUGCAGGAGAAUGGUUUGGUCAGUAAGUCCUGGAUAUUGCUGAUCUUCAUGAGAAGGAACUUGAGUUCGAAGUUAGCAUCUAUCAAAUUAAACUAAGAGAGCUAGCUCAAAGCUUGAAUUGCUAUUUAGAAAUUCAGAUUGAUGACGAUCCAGAAUUAAAAUUUGAGACUAGUGUCUCAAUGAAUAGUAAUAAUGUCUAGUGGAAAAAUUUUGAGAAAAGUUUCAAAUAUAAAUGUGUUUACGAGAAUCUUUAAAAAAAGUUCUUAGAGGUCAGACUUAUGUCCUUUGCUAAGAAUAAAUACGAGAGCUAAGUGAAAUCUCUAUACAGAGUAGAUCUCUACACCUUAGCUAUUGGCCCGGUUCAUCACUCAAUUGAAUUAUGUGAUAGAUAAAAGAAAUAUGUUGGUAAGCUAUCAUGUGAUGUUGUAUUUUCUGAAAUCAAGUAAGUUGAGGUGAAGCUAGAUGAAGUGCAUGUUAAGUUCGAUGAACACAAAGAUGAAGCUUAUAAUAUUAACUUCAAUGUGAUCACCUUCUAAAAGGUCUUUGAGUCAAAUACCUCUUCCACUAAAAUCAGUAAGAUUACUCAAGGACAAGAUAAUGCUGUUGUCAAUUGGGUCUUUGAUUCUAAGCAUUUGCAUAUUGGCAAAAAUGAAGAUGAGGAUUAAAAAGAAAAAGAUGAAGUUAAGAAUUAAGUUCGAUCAAUGCACUAAUAAACACUAGAUCUCCUUUAAGAUAGUUAGUUGGAAAAUAAUGAAUCACCAUAUUGCUUGUUUAAAUUAUCUAUGGAUAAAGUCAGAUACACCUCGAUGAAGUUCAAAAUCUGGGAAGACAAGUUCUUUAAAUUGGAAUUGCAAAAGAAGCAUAUUCAUCUUGAUGAUAUUAAGAUUGAUAUGGCAAAGAAAUUAACAAAUGAUGCAAGCCAAGUUUCAAACAAUUCAACAGGAAAAAGUGCUGGACCAAGAAUAAAAAGUGAAGGGAAUAAAAUUGAUUAAGUUCAUUCCUUUUAGAAAUAAGAUUCAAUCAGGAUUAAUGAAGAUGCAAAGGAUUUCUAUGCUCCAGGUCAUCACUAACCUUAUGCAAAGAAAUAAUCCAAGCAUUUGGAUUAAAGAGAAAAUCAAAGUUCUGAGCUAAUGUCAGAAUGCUAUAUUGGAUUCGCUAAACUACUAAAUGAAGAGAUGAGAGCAUUUGACUUAAAGGAUUCUAUGAUAUUUGAUACCAUGAGAAUAAACUCAUUGGGAGGUAAAAACAAUGGAAGUGGUACAAUAAAUGGUAGAAUCUUAAGUAAUGCAGAUUUACAAAGAAAAUCUUCUUAAGAUGUAAUAAAAUCAGCAUUUGCAUCUUCAAAAAAGAAAUAGUUUUCAGAAAAAUUAUGGUUCUGUGGUCAAUGUAUUGGAGAAAUAUCUGGAACUUUAACUUUUUUUAAUCUUCCAAUCCUCUAUCAAAUGAAGGUAGGAGUCCUGACUAAGAGUGGAAUCCAAUUUAGUUCAAAGCCUAUUUUGUUAGAGUCAUAAUUGACUAAUUAAAAACUAUCCAAAGAUGGUGAUUCUUAAAUAAAAAAGAUCAAUGUCCUGAAGGAUAAAUUGAUCCUCUCAGACACUGGAAAAGUUAAAUAGAGACUAACAUUAUAUGAAAAAGUAUAGAUAUUUUAGGAGCUUGCAUCUCUACUCGUUUAGACCCACAAGAAUUCAAUGAUGUCAUUCAUUUACUCAAAUGAAGUUGAGCUAAUUAAAGCUUAAAAAAUAUUCAUAGACCUUGGUCUUCACUGUAUGACUUUCUCUGAAUAUGUCGACUUUGAUUAAAGAGAGUACUAUUAUUCAACACUCUGCCAUAUUAUGAGAAGAAGUGAACUUGAUUUAGGAUAAAUGGGCUUCCAAUAAAAUUAAACUACUGCUUAAAACAAUGAUAAAAAUAUGAGAGAAAUCUUCAAGAAAAAGCUUAAAGUUGCCACAAAUUAUCAGUUAUUCCAGCACGAAGCACUAUAAAUGGGUAUUGAGAAACUAAACAUGAAAGGUGUAGAUGUUUACAAGAGAAAUUUUGUUGAAAUCAUCAUGUCUAUUAGUUAUUUCAGAGUACCUGAAUUCAGAGAGAGAUUUUUAAGCAUUAUUCUGGCUAAAAGUGAUGGUGUUAUUGAAGAAUGGAGAAACACAGAAGGUUUUACCUUAGAGAAGGACAGUAAUGAUGAAAAUGAGUUUGCAAAUGCAGCUAUUAUGAGGAUGUUUGAUUGGAAAACAUUUUGCUAUGAUUAGAUUCCUGAAAACUAACAAGAAUAAGCAGUUGAAAUCUUGUAAAGAGCUUUGGGAUCAGAUAAAUGGAAGUUAAGAAUACAAAAAAGAGGUGUAGCCUUCUUUCUGAUUAUUAAGCAAUGGGCUAUAUAUGUGAAGAACACACUUGUCAGCAACAAUGUCAGUUGGAAGGAUGUUCCAGGGUAUAGAACAAUUUUAAAAUCUAUUUUACUAGAAAUGAAAGAAAGAGAUAUUGCAUAUUAUCCCGAAGCUUUGAAAGAAACUACAUGCGCAAUGCUAUACAAUGAAAAACUUUUAAAUAUUUUUGUGACUAUUGUCCUGAAAAAGACACAUGCAUUUGACACACCUGCUGUAAGCAGUGCUCUCGAUUUAAUUGCGUCUUGGUUUACUACUAUAAAUAGAAAUAAAUAGUUACUACCUCCUUAAUUUGACUAUAUGCUUCUUUUUAAAGCCAUUAAAAUUCUAAUGGAUCUAGAUCACGGAAUGUCAACAGCUAAAUGUAUCUGGCUACUCUUUAAAAUUACUCAUAUCAUUCCAGUCAAAUAAAGAUCUGCAAUGUUAUAAGAAAUACUAAGCCAUGAAAAAUUCUUCCAUUAUUUCUUCCAUUGGUCCUACAAUGUAAGAAUGGUAUUCUACUAUUUCUAUUUCUUCUAACUUUAUCACACUUUAAUGCCAAGAAAAGAGGGUGUUGCUGGAGAUUUAACUGAUGGUUAAGGGUUAACAUCCAGAGCUGCUAGAUUUAGUGACGAUUAAUUCUUCGGUAUUUCAAAUGCCAAAAACACUAUCAAUGGCUAGGGAACUGUUAGAAUUCAAGGCGAUAAUGUAUUGGGUAACAAUAAAAAAGUACAAAAAGUAAACAUUCAAAGAUUCUAAAGCGAGUCUUAAUUUUCUAAAACUAUUCAAAAGAAACCUGCUAAGUAGAGCUCACUUGAGGGGAAGAUUGAAACUGUCAAUCUUUAAAGUAAAGAGGAGAUGAUUGAGAGAUUAAGAGAGCUAGUUGCCAAUAAAAACUCCACUGGCUCUGUACUUUUGAAAAACUCAAGAUUGAAUUAAGGAGAGAGUAUGUCUAAGUUUUAGUAAAAGUUCAUUAGAAGAAAUACUUAGAUCUAGUAAUUAGUUAAGUUGACUGAUAAAAUCAAAGCCUAUAUUAAGAGUAAUAAGGAAAAGCUGAUGAAGCAAAAGAAUUAGGAUGAACAAAAAAUAUUUGAAAUUAAGAUCGCAAAUAAUCCAAGGAUAAGAGAACAUGCUAUGAGUAGGCAAGCUAGCAAAAUUACCAUUGCAAAGGAAUUGUCUGUUCCAUAGAUGUAAUACUCGGCCUCCUAUGUCACCGAGAGUGAGGAUGAAGAUUUCAGUGUUCCAGAGGAGAGAGAUUGGAAAAAAGAUGUAGAACAAUUAAAGAGAAGAACUGGUGACUUUAACAUUAAAAACUACAUUCAUGUUCUUACUGAAGAGGAACAAGCAAAUUACAACAAAAUCAUUUAAAAGAUUCCAGAAACAAACAGAAUCUAUAUUCAAUACUCAUUGAGAAAGCAAUUCAAAAAGAUUUCUGACGAAUAUAUUAAAUGGCUAAGCUAACACGAUAAUGCAACCGAUGAGAUUCUAGAUUUUCCAGAUAUUGCAGUCAAAGUGCCCAGAGAUGAAGCAGAAACAAAUGUAGUCUCAGAUGAAUGGUGA